UGACCGUCCAACCAACAAGAGUCCUCGCACUCAGUGUAUGUUUUGUGUUGUUGUACUCACACUCACAUACAUGACAUUUAAGCACGACCAAAGGAGGUAAGGAGUGUUUUCUUGGAAGAAUCGGGACUUGUUUUGGAGUAUAUUGUUUUAUGUUUACUCUGACAACAUGGAGUACUGCUUUUUGAGAGGAUUCCUGGUGUUUUUCUUGAUACAACACUGCACUUCUAAAGAUCUGUCAACAUCCAACCAGUCCUCCAAGGAGGUCACUCUGCAAGAUGGCCUGACCUCACACCGGGAACUAGAGCUUGAGCUGCCCUCUGCAGAGGUAGUGCCAGUAGUGGCACCUCCAACACUGAAGGAGGUGCAGCAAGCUGUACAGGAAGCCUCAGAGCAAGUAGAGGGUCGUGGGGCAGAGGAAGUGUUGAAGGAGCUGCUGGAGAGGGUGGUAGAGGCAGCUCUGACACAGGUGGACAGCGAAGUGAAAGCAGGGGAAGGAGCAGCGCAGGAGGUGGUUGAAGAGGACACACAGUUGACUGAAAAGGGAGAGGCUAAAACUGACACAGAUGAGCAAGGGCUGAAGAAAGGGUUGGAGGGUGAAGACGUGAGCGUCAAUGGAGGGUAUACUGGUGCUGGAGAGGAGUAUGGAGUAGCAGAGGUGGAUACAUUUGAAGAGGACGCUAAGGAGGGGAAAGGAAUUACCCAGGAUGAGGGGAAAACAGCAGCUGGAGCUGUGGCGGAAGCCACAGUAGGUGUAGAAACUGGAGGCAAAGAAGCAGAUGGAGUGGAGGUUAUCAAUGAGUCUCUCGACGCCGAGUUUAGUCAGGGGGUUGCAGAGGCAACAUUAGCUGCUUUAGAUGAGACAGGAGUGGAGGAGGUAAUAAUGGAGCACAGCAAUAAGCAGGAUGUGCUGUCAAAGGAAGCAGCUGAAACAGGAACAUGGAGCGCAGAGGAAUCUCCAGCUAUUGGGGAGGUGGCAGUAGAUAAAAAGACACAGAAGGAGACUCUGACGGUGGAACAGUCUGACCCUAGUCUGGCUGUGCAUGACGAGGAGCAGUUGGCAGGUGCAUUGGAGGAAAAAACUCCGGUAGAUGAAAUAGAAAGUGAGGUGACAGUUCUGCCUUCUGAUCAUGAUGGGACAGAUAGCACACAAACUGUAGCAGGAGAGCAGGGAGAAGAGGGGGAAGACAUAGUGAAGGAAACCAACGGACCAGCAGUAGAGGAUGAACAAGGCCAGUUAAUGGUAGAGGGAGGAGCUGCUAAAGAGGUAGAAGCUGAAGGUACAGAUGUCGGGGAGGCAGCGGGAGGUGAAAAAGAGAGUGAAAGAAAGGAGGCAUCCAAGGCAUUAGUGAAAGAGUGGGGUGAACAACUAGUAGAAGAGGAGCAGGUCAUACUGGAGAUGUCACAUGACAGUGAAACAGAGAAUCAAGCCUGA